UUUGUUCUGACGUCUGCUGACAGUGAGCCCACCUCUUCCUGUCGGUGUCAGAAGGCAACUUCACCAUAUUAAGCUGGUUCUCCGAACUGCCCAGCAGAGUUGAUCUGUCAACGGGACCGAACACCGUCCGAGACGUGUCAGCGCAAACAACCCGGUGGUGACAGCUCGAUUCCGGCGACGGGACACGCGCCGCACAGGAGGACGUCGCGGGGCCCUCGGUGCUGGAGGAGCGGGGCCGAGUCAGCGGCUGUUUUUCAACCCGAGGAAAAAGUCGCCGUCGUCUGUCAGAAUUCCAACUAUCCGAACCGAGCUAGCCGAGAGCCGGAGCCAGCCCCCCGGGACGCCCGCUGUGCCGCGGACACGGAUUAAUGUGGCCCGCGUUCGGUUGUGUUUAGGGAGUGAUUUGGACUCGGUGACCCCCGCUGGGAUGAUCUCCUGACGGCUCCUCUCUUCCGCUCCAGCCACUUUCCUCCACAUCCCCGGCUAGCGAGCUAACUUGGCUAACUAGCAGCUGCCACCGCGUCGUGUCGAGGAGCCCACAGCCCCUCCGCCGUGGCACCGACACCCCGCUGGAGACGUUGACAGUGUCCGUGGACGCCGAACAGAACAACUCCCUGGGGCCGGCGAAACGGACGCCACCGUACGGAGGAGAGAGGAGGGGGCACCGGCGUUUUGACAGCACGCAAGGGAGGAGGGGAGGCUAGCCGGGAGCGGGGCACUGCAGGGGCGGUGCGCUGCCGGAGGAGACACCGGACUGAACGGAGGAACAGUCCCGGACAUUUGACAGCUGGGAUCCGGGUAGUGACCCGGGCAGAGACCUCAUGAAUGGAAAUCGGAACUACAGGAGCCGUUGGGGCCCAGUCCCUGUUCUCCUUACCUCGGCGGCCUGGCUAUGGCACCAUGGGGAAGCCCAUCAAGCUGCUGGCCAACUGCUUCCAGGUGGAGAUCCCCAAGAUGGAUGUCUACCUCUACGAGGUGGACAUCAAGCCUGACAAGUGUCCGCGGCGAGUCAACAGGGAGGUGGUCGACUCCAUGGUGCAGCACUUCAAGGUGACGAUCUUUGGGGAUCGCAGGCCAGUGUACGAUGGAAAGAGGAGCCUGUACACAGCCAACCCUCUACCUGUGGCACCUGCAGGGGUGGACCUGGAUGUCACUCUACCAGGGGAGGGAGGGAAAGACCGUCCCUUCAAGGUGUCCAUCAAGUUUGUGUCUCUGGUCAGCUGGCACAUGCUCCACGAGGUGCUGACCGGCCGCAGCAUGCCUGAGCCUCUGGAGCUGGACAAGCCCAUCAGCACCAACCCAGUUCAUGCAGUGGAUGUGGUCCUGCGACACCUGCCAUCCAUGAAGUAUACUCCAGUGGGUCGAUCCUUCUUCUCGGCUCCAGAGGGCUACGACCAUCCCCUGGGGGGCGGGAGGGAGGUUUGGUUUGGCUUCCAUCAGUCUGUGCGGCCCGCCAUGUGGAAGAUGAUGCUCAACAUCGACGUUUCUGCCACUGCAUUCUACAAGGCCCAGCCUGUCAUCCAGUUCAUGUGUGAAGUGCUGGACAUCCACAACAUAGACGAGCAGCCCCGCCCUCUCACCGACUCGCACCGGGUCAAAUUCACCAAAGAAAUCAAAGGUUUGAAGGUGGAGGUGACGCACUGUGGAACCAUGCGGAGGAAGUACCGCGUCUGCAACGUGACCCGUCGGCCCGCGAGCCAUCAAACGUUCCCUCUGCAGUUGGAAAACGGUCAGACGGUGGAGCGUACCGUAGCCCAGUACUUCAGAGAGAAGUACAGCCUGCAGCUCAAGUACCCCCACCUACCCUGUCUACAAGUGGGCCAGGAGCAGAAGCACACCUACCUGCCCCUGGAGGUGUGUAACAUUGUAGCCGGUCAGCGAUGCAUCAAGAAGCUGACGGAUAACCAGACCUCCACUAUGAUCAAAGCCACGGCUCGCUCCGCCCCCGACCGACAAGAGGAGAUCAGCCGGCUGGUGCGCAGUGCCAACUACGAGGCCGACCCCUUCGUGCAGGAGUUCCAGUUCAAAGUGCGCGACGAGAUGGCCCACGUGACGGGGCGAGUGCUACCCGCCCCCAUGCUGCAAUACGGCGGCAGGGUGAGCACAGAGCACUUUAUGAACCGCACCGUCGCCACGCCCAGCCACGGGGUGUGGGACAUGAGGGGGAAGCAGUUCCACACCGGGGUGGAGAUCAAGAUGUGGGCCAUCGCCUGCUUUGCCACACAGAGGCAGUGUCGGGAAGAAAUCCUGAAGGGUUUCACGGACCAGCUGCGUAAAAUCUCGAAAGAUGCCGGAAUGCCAAUCCAAGGUCAGCCAUGCUUCUGUAAAUACGCCCAGGGAGCGGACAGCGUGGAGCCCAUGUUCCGACACCUGAAGAACACGUACGCCGGGCUGCAGCUCAUCAUCGUCAUCCUGCCGGGAAAGACUCCCGUCUACGCCGAGGUGAAGCGCGUGGGGGACACCCUCCUCGGCAUGGCCACACAGUGUGUCCAGGUGAAGAACGUGGUGAAGACGUCCCCUCAGACCCUCUCCAACCUCUGCCUCAAAAUCAACGUGAAGCUGGGAGGCAUCAACAACAUCCUGGUGCCUCAUCAACGGCCGUCAGUGUUUCAGCAGCCAGUUAUCUUCUUGGGAGCAGAUGUUACACAUCCGCCUGCAGGAGACGGGAAGAAGCCUUCGAUUGCAGCUGUGGUUGGCAGUAUGGACGCCCACCCCAGCAGGUACUGUGCCACAGUCCGGGUCCAGAGGCCCAGGCAAGAGGUCAUCCAGGACCUGGCCUCCAUGGUGCGGGAGCUGCUCAUCCAGUUCUACAAGUCAACUCGCUACAAGCCCACCAGGAUCAUUUUCUACAGGGACGGAGUUUCAGAAGGCCAGUUCAGACAGGUGCUGUAUUAUGAGCUGCUGGCCAUUCGUGAGGCCUGUAUCAACCUGGAGAAGGAGUACCAGCCCGGCAUCACCUACAUUGUUGUACAGAAACGCCACCACACCCGCCUCUUCUGUGCCGACCGCAACGAAAGAGUCGGACGUAGUGGAAACAUUCCCGCUGGUACGACCGUGGAUACGGACAUCACCCAUCCGUACGAGUUUGACUUUUACCUCUGCAGUCACGCUGGAAUACAGGGCACCAGUCGGCCCUCCCACUACCAUGUACUGUGGGAUGACAAUUGUUUCACCGCUGAUGAGUUCCAGCUGCUCACCUACCAGUUGUGCCACACCUACGUGCGCUGCACCCGCUCAGUCUCCAUCCCGGCGCCAGCCUACUACGCCCACCUGGUGGCCUUCCGUGCCCGCUACCAUCUGGUGGACAAAGAACAUGACAGUGCCGAGGGCAGCCACGUGUCUGGUCAGAGUAACGGUCGGGACCCCCAGGCGCUGGCCAAGGCUGUUCAGAUUCACCACGACACCCUGAGGACCAUGUACUUCGCCUGAGCUACCACCAACCCUCCCCAGUCAUUGCCACCCUUCACACACACACACACAAACACACAAAAACACACAGACGCAACCGACAGUCAAGGAGUCCUCAUAGGUGCCAGUCCCCCCCCCCCACACGCCUAGUCAAUCCGGACCUGACACUGUGCAGAGGAGAGCAGGGAGGAGGGAGGGGAGGAGGCACACCCACACUGGACUGAGGAUGCAAACGUCGUUUUAAAAUCAAACAAGCACUAUUAUGCAAUAUUCAACCAGCCAACCAGUUUAUUCUCACCCUCAUCAGGCCCCACUUCAACCCCCCCCCCCCCCCUCUUCUGUUCGUCUCUUUUACUCGUGGCCUGGUGGGUGUGUUUCCUGUUUGUUUGAACCUUUCCCCUCCUUCCGCACAGUCUCUCUCUUUACGACCCACUAAUCUGCUCCUUUGCCAUUUACAGUACCUCAAUUCAGUUUGAGCAGCAGCACUUUUACAUUCUGCCAGUUCCACUGCAGUUUGUUGUUAAUCCUCCCCGGUGUUUGAAAAGAGGGAAGCAUCAGACUCUGGAGUUGUUCCAUCGUGUUUUUUUUAAUUUCUUUUGGAAUUUAGCUAUUUCAGUUUCCACUUUUAUUUUUCCUUAUUUUUUUCCUCUUGUUUUGUCUUUUCUGUGUCACUUUUCACGAGUGUGUGAAAUCACCAGUUACAUGUUCUUUUGAGCACACUGCCACCUGUUGGCGACGAGGUAUAAUUGCCCCCUUAAAGUUUUAUCAUGUAGUUAGAUCAGUUUUGUCUUUCAACAGUCAGAUGUCACAUUUAAAAGGGGGGCAGUUUAUAUUGGCUGAUAUAUCAAUUGCUUAAUUGCAGCCAUAUAUGGAUUUUUAUUUAAAGUAUAACACUGUUAUUUCUCCUUCUACUUUAUGGACAUUAUGUUUUUAAUCAUUUAAACAUGUAAUCCUAUGUUUUUAAUCCUUGUAGUCAUGCAGUCAUUUCCCUCAGUGCUUUAGUGGGAGAUGAUGGUUUAAUAGAGAUCAUGUCGAUGGUUUCCUCCAGUGCAAUAAUCCGUUGAGCGAAGGGAAGAGGACUUUAGGGGACGUACACAACUCAAAAGAACAGUUACACAUUUCAUUUGAAAGUGAGAGUCCUCGGUAGAUGAGAUGUUUGCCACUUGCCAGAGACGUUCAUGUUUUCCUCUUGUGAGAUGAUUGAUCAGCACGUUUUACGAGUUUUGCCUUUUCUCACUGGGCAAAGAAAAACCCAAACGGUUCAACUGCAGUUUGUGACUUUCAUGUUUUUACUUGAAUUGAAGGAUUUAAUGCGCCUCUUCGGUUUGAGGAUAUCUUCAUCAUCAAUGGCCAUAAUUUCAGAAUUCCUGAAUUCCAGAAUUCAGAAAACUGAUUAUCAGUUUGCCAAUGAGGCUGAUCUUCUCAAUUCUUUUAGAAUUAACCCAUUUUUGGAGAACAAAGCUUUUCACCCGACAGCAGCAAAGCGUCUAAAGGCCAUAAAGAGGUAAUAUUCAAGUGCCUGGUGGAGGUUCAAGUGCUCGAUGGUCAAAAGCUGUACAACCUAAUAUCCUAGGGAUCCUGUUUCAGUGGGUAAAGGAAUCAAACAGAAAGUUUCACCUGAUGCCUCUUAUUCUUCUCAACAACCGUCUACUGACUUUUCUAUACAUCUCAUUCAAAUCCUCCUAAGAUGUAUAUAUUUAUUAUGUUUGCCUGUACAGCAGUGUGAGCUGUUGGCUUCUGCUUCCGAGCGGCGUUCAAGCAAAGCCCGGCCGAGUUGUCUUUUUGCUAAAUAUUCACCAGAUAUGGAUCCAGCUGCUACAGUGUGUUUGUACCGAACAGAGGGGGCCGGGUUCAUGGGCACGGAGCCGCCCCCUCGAUAAAACCAAUUCCUUCAAUAACCUCUCGUUCAGAAACCCUCCGAGUACAGAACGAGGUUCAACCCGUGUGCACGGAACCGGCCCAAACGUUGAGACCGGCUUCGGAGCGGAGCCGAGGAGCGGAGUGAGCGACCGAAACCUUUGCAGCGGAAGUAGAGCUGACUGAUCCGAAUCGUUUGUCUGGAUCGCAGUCGCCACCUCGCUCCUCGCCGCCGCUCACGACCUGAAGCUCGGCCGGGGGUGGGGGGAUGGGGGGGUUGUUUUUAAUCUGCACUAAAAGAAGCGUGUGUUUUCGGGACUGAACACAGGCCUGGUGCUACUCAUUCUGAAUUAGAAUCUGAAGCUGAGCCUCUAUAGGUGACUGUACAUGAGCAGGUGGGAGAACGGUGGAAAGUGGUAGACCUCACUCAGCGAAGGCGGGGGGGGGGGGGGGCAAACGGUACACUGACAGCCGGGCUCUAGGACAGUGAGGUAUAAUGUAGGGUCCUAUAUCCGCUGUGGCAUUCGACUGCCUUUUCGGAGGCGAGCCUUCUAGUGUGGAAGCCAGUGACUUUGAGCCUUCAUGAUUUCACUAGUGUCUGAAAGCCUUUUUCAAAAGCCAGAUCGAAAGUAUAUUUGUACAUUUUAAAUUAUCUAAUGCACACCACUUAUUUUUGCUAACAGAAGAAAAAACAACACCAAUGUAGUCUAAUUAUUAAUCUUAGUAAUAAAUGUAUCAUGAUAUGUAAUGGUUAGAAGAAAAAAAAAGGUAUAAUAACAAAGAUUUAUUAUUGCAAUAGACUGUUGACUUGUUCCUGUGUCAAUGUAUAAUGUAAAGUGUAUGUGUGUGAGCAGUGGGGUUGUUGAAGCUAGUGAUUUGUGUGUUUGGACUGUCGUACUGUUAUCGGUAGGGACGUGGACUUAAACCGCCUCAUGCUUUGAUAUUUGGAAAAAUACUGCUGCAACUUGUCAAACGCUUAUUAUUUUAGAUGUGUGUACGGUUCAGGGUUUGUCGUAGAAGAGAUAUUCUGAACUCCGAGAGGCUUUUUGUAUCAAGACAUCACAUCUCUCGACAAACUGUAGAACAGAAGAAGAGUCGGCGAAUGUCCUCGGAGACGUCUGCUCCUGAAUGUUCUCGGCUUCUCUUCACCCGGUGCUGACGCCUGCUGCUUUAUCAAGGGUGGAGAGAGAACAAGGAAACCGGGCGAGUGGUUUAGAGAAAGUGUCGCUGAGCCAUUUCAAGGACACGAGAUCGGGAAUGAGACGGAACAAGGGGCAGUCGUUUUCAAAUCCUUAAGUGUUAAAGCCUCGAGGGGAGGAUUGAAGGCAGAAUCGCGUCCUCUUGUUGCUUUUUCCACAGAGUCCUCUCCUCGACCCGAGGCCCCUUCAUGUGCUCGCAAACACAAAGACGAGCCGGCCUCCCGGUAAAUCUGUGGUGUGACAAAGCCUGUAAUCCCAUUGUCGCUCUCCUUUCCCCUUUGCUCCCUGAACAUUUACUCCCCUGUGCCGGAGGACGACAUUCCACGGCCGUACUUUCCCAAUCCGAUCCCCCUGGGAGGAGAACAAGAAGAAAAACAAAGAUGGACGACGUAGUGGCGUCUGGGAUAAAUUCAAGUGUGUUUGUGUGUUUGGAAGGAAUCGAAGCCUAAGUCAGUGUUUGCUUUGCCGGUAUGUGGCAGGUUGUGUUGGAAGUCGAACGAGUCUGAAGGUCGAUCGUGAGAGUUGGAGUCCGUUUGCUGCUCGGCCUCCUCCGCUGUCUGUCCUGGAUGUUCGGUUGAACACAUGUUUACAUAGCAGAUGUGUUCGCCUUGCGUACAACUGAAAAGUCAUCGGCUCUGCUUUGCAAAUACAAUGCUAGUAGAGAAGUGACCGGACACGAGCUGGAUCAUCAGGGGCCUGUGGGAGUGAACGCUCGAGGGGCUACGAAGCAGGACGACAACCCUUGUUUGUCCUUUAGCUCUGUUAUUAAAAUGACUUGUUGGAUUGGAUGAAAGUUAAACUGGUACACUGGGAUCCCAGCCUGCAGCGAGCUGUGGCCUUUAGCUCUGAAUUGGGAUCGUUAGCUAUACGGACAAAUAACCAAAUUCUAGAAAAAGAAUUGAAAGUAUAAAGGUGUUUUCGACCAACAGCCCUGUUUUGGUUGCUCUGUGUUUGCGGUGGAAAGUAGCAAUGGAGUGAGAAGAAGUCCACAGAAAGUGCCUUUCCUCUUGAUGGUGCUGUCAAUUGAAAGAUGAAAUGUAAAUGGAAUAGAAUCUCCUUUUCGAGAACACAACGCAGGAAUGUCUCCAUCUUACACACACACACACACACACUGUACAUGUUUGUGUCUUUAGCGAUGGCGAUGCUAACUCGUGUAUUUGGACAUUAAGCCGACGUAGAGACGUUAUUGUGCCAAGUAUAUGGUUGUGGUUGAGCUUUCGCUUCCUAGUGCAUUUAAGUGUCUUGGACCAAUGGUGUCGCUGGUACAGUGGAAUGUGUGUUGGUGUCGGUGAGGGGGGGUCCGCAGCCCGGCCCUGGGAUGACAAACAUAGCACAGCACUUUAUAGAGACUGACACUCUCACUAUAGACACACAGCCAAGAGUUUUCAAUCCCCACUCCCUCCAGUCGCUCCUCCUCCUCCAGCUCGGGGAGGAGAAGGAGGAGGAGCAGAUCCAGACCUCAGUGUACAUGAGGCGUCGAAGGGAUGUGUGUGUGCGUGUGUGUUCAGCAGUCGGUCAUUAAAAGUGUGCCUCAUGCUCUUGUGACUUUGUUGUUGGCUCGGUUCAGUCCGCCUGCUCUGGUGUGGUGGUUUCCUCUGUGGAGCAGCCACUCGACAAAGUGACCACCACAGGGCCGGGUGUCAAACAGCAGCGCCUCACAAAGUUAUGGCGUCAAAGGUCCAGAGAACUUUUUACAGUCGAUUUGUUUUGUUGCACUGAGGAAUCAAGGUUUUCUUCUUGAAGGGCAUUUUUAUUAAGGAAAAGCAACAUACGCAGGAUUUGAAUCCAAAAAACAAGUUUCAUUUUCUAGGAGAAAUCGGCAGAACCAGUGUCAGUAUUGAACCUCUCCUCUCGAUGCCCAGCCCUGGUGACAGCCUGUGGCAUUCUGUCAUCUCAGCGCCCCCCCCCCCCCCCCCCGAUGGAGGGAACCUGCGCCCGGUCGUUUCCCCGUCUUGAGCCGCUCGUGUGUCGACUGAAACCCCGACGUUGGUCUGUAGUUCUGUGGGAUCCUUUUCAGUCCGGGGGGGGGGUUGAAAUCUUUCUAUUAUAAGAUAUCUCAAAUAAAAUUUCAAAAAAAAUACAAAACACUGCACCUCACUUACCUUGGUAUGCUGCAUAUGUUAUACGACAUGAGAAGAAAAACUGCAAAUUGCUUUUAUUAUGACAUAUACUGCUUGAGUAAUGCCUGAUUGCGAUAUUCUUAUACGGUAACUAUUUUAGAGUCAAAAUAAGUAUAACUGUAAAAAAAAAAAAAUUCUGUUUUUGUCUUAACACUUAUCCGAUUUUGAAAAAUUGUUCUUUGAGCCGACUUUUAUUUUGUUGUCCUAUUUAAAUGUGUUGUUCUUUAAAAAUAUAUAUAAAUGCGGAAUAUUUUAUGGUGUAUUUAUUGACAGUGCGUUUUAAAGCGGCUGGAGUCUCCGCAUCAUAUUGCAGCAUGGUGGGGGCGGAGCCAGGAGAACUAGGCCUUUAGCCCCUCCCCCUCCAUGUUGACGCCUUAUCCUCCUCGACACAUAAGCACAACAAUAUGGAGGGGGGGGGGGAAGCAGGAGGUGGAUUGGAGGAAAAGAAGCUGAGUUGUGGUUGAGUCUCUCUCUCCCUCCUCCUCCUCCUUUCCUUAUCUUCCUCUCCCUCCUUCACUCUUCUUCUACCACCUGAGAAGGUUCCCCUUCAUCUCUGGUAAUGAAGGGGAACCAUUCCUGUACCACACUGACUUUGGGUGCUGAGACGCUGACUCCUUUUGCUUUUCUGUUUUCUUCCUUUCAUCCCAAGCUGCUAGCUGGUACGUUAGUCAUGUCCAAUGCCCGAGCCAGUACAAGGGCAGGUGGGACAGCGUGAAAUGAAACUGUGGGGGUGGGUGAGGAAGGACAUUUAGAAACUUUUAGAAAAGGCGUAAUUCAUACAGAGAUAUGGUGAAUUCUUUUUUUUUUUCUUCAUUUCAGCAUAGGCUUUGUUUCUUUCCUCUCGAAAUCGUCUCCUGGUUUUGUUUUUUUCUUGUGUCAGAACAUUUCACAGCACGAACAGGUCUCAUUCCACGAGAAAUGACAAACCUCAGCCUCACGUGCGUUCUUUCCUAAUUCUCAUAUUUCCGUGUGACUUCGUCGGGUGCAGCCCCCCCCGACCCCCCCGAUCGGCGUCCUCAUCACUUCUCAUGUAAACCACUAAAAACAUCACAUUGAACUCUGAAGCCUUGUGGAAGAAUCGCUCUGUCCCACUCGUCGUGAUGUCAGUUCAGAAGCAGGUCUGAGUCAAAACGUUCAUUUGGAAACGAUUCUUGGCAUUUGUCUCGUCAACAUGAACGUUCUGAAUGACUUGAAAACAUGUGCUAAUAUGACUUUUCUACACUUUCCAUGUGCUGUUGUGAACUUAUCGGGUUUUUCUGCAAAUCCAAAGAACGGUAUUUGCAGAUUGUUUGACCCGACGUCCCCAGUGGGCUGGAUUACAGAGACCUGUGCCUGUACAAUGAACCAAGGAUGAAAUGUGUUGUGAUGAAUUGCUGAUAUUGUGUUUUUCUUUCAUUUUUAUUUUCUGUUUUCAUUUGUUUCUGUUGGUCGUCCCUCGCCCCUUCGGAGGAUCAGAGACAUGGACAUGUCGAGUGUUGUCAGUCCUGUUCCAGAGCAAACAGGCCCCUUCGCCCAUUUACACCAAAAACAUUUUGGUGCAUAAAUGUUUACGGUCAUGUUUACUCCCACGGUGAUCACACGUUUAACCCGGUUUUCAUCCCAUCAGCAUUCCAGUAACAAGUACCAACCAAAUACUGCAGAAGAGAUUAGGUCCCUGACGCUGCUUUGUGUUCCCUCGUGGUUUUGAAGACAGAUACUUGACAGCAGGCUGAAGAUCUUCUGUGCACGCUGAUCGUCAUAUUACUUCUUCUGUUAAUGUAGCAUCACUCUUGUGUCAGUCUUAUUCCAACAUAAAGAUCUUAGGCUCUGAUACGUCAAACCUUCACCACCGGAUGCUCCAGGUCUCGGUCCCUGUCGCAGCGGCUCUGUUGUACCGACAGCUCGUUUCCUCUCGGUUUUAAAUGUCUUUCUUUUGUAACUCUCUCUCUUACAGGACGUUGGCCUUUCAGUGUUGCUUUGCUUCAGUUUGAAGUGUAUCUUUGACUAAUACUUGCAAUAAAAUGCUUUGCUUUA